AUGUCAAGGGUAUUGGGGAGGCUGUUCUCCAGGCGCGCUGCCUCGAUCAUCAAGCUCGACAGACCGCCGCUUUUCUCCAAAGUACCUCCAUGGUGGGCACGAUGGACAUACGCUCUCAUUGCCUGCGACCUCUUCGUGACGGCUUCAGCGGUCGAAUUCACUUGGAAUAACUGGACGCAGCUGACGGACGACUUGAAAACCAUUUCACAAAAGAGCAAGGAGGGUACUGUUGCCGUUCAGCAACCCCCAAACGACAGCUAUGUCCCCCGCCCAUCGUGGCAGCGCGCUGGUCUAUGCGUAGCUCAUCUUGGUGUCGGAAUUGGGAUAGCUGUCGCGCUAAUAGUCACCCAAUCUCGCUACGUCCGAACGUUUACUCUUUCGCCCGCGCUAUUGCGGGCCAAAACCAGCAAGAAUCCUAGCCAAACCCCGUCGCAGGACCGACAAGUACUGAUUUCGUGUGCGAGUAAUUUCAAGAACAACGGACAAUCGUUUUCGCUGGCGUCCUGCUCCGUUGGGGAAGGGAGGGACGCCAGUGAGAUGAUCUUACGGGUAGACGGGGAGCGCGGACAUUGGUUCCUCUCCCUCGAAAAUUCACUAAUCAAUGGGAAAAAGGCCUCGAUCAUGGACGCGCAGCGAGCGAUAUUGGAAGAAUGGGGGACUGCAAGGCGGACGGGAACUUGGACGCCUCUGGCUGCGGCUGACCGGCGGUGGGUGAGUGGACCAGCGGCGAGGAAGCAAGGUCGUUCGUAG